CUUAUAUUUUGAUAGGGCUGGAGACCUAUCAAACCAAAAUAUUUUUCAUUAUGAGAACAAGCAAAUAUCGGGAUUAGUUACAGGACGUACGGAGUUUACCAGUUUCCCCUCACUCAGCGUCUCCAUACCACUAUUCAUUAUCUGCUUCAAUUUUAAGCAAAAAAAAAAUCAUUGCUGCUCUUUUGCUCUCCAACUGAUUGGGUGAGGAAGUAGACCUGGUUUAAGCAAUUCCUCCUUCUUUCCCCUGGAUCUGAAACUUCGCAACAACUGUGAGCACGCGUGAAGAUAUCUUUUUUCGGUUCUUGGGUUUAUUUGUUGAAUUUGCAGUAUCCAUCCAAUUUUGAUAUACAAUCCAAUUUGGAGAGAGAGAGAAUCACAUCAAUGGCGGGAACAGCUUCAGAAGAGCUGGCUAAGUUGAAGAUCGAUGAAGGAUCAUCAGAUAACGGUUGGGCGCCACCCAAUUUGCAGAAGAAUCUUGCCCUUCUUUCUGGAGAUCAGAUUGAACUUGCAAAAAUGUUGAUGGGAGAGAACCAAGGUCACCUUUUUGCACAUUGGCCAGAGCCAGGUGUUGAUGAUGAAGCUAAACAACUCUUUGUCAAGCAGGUAGAGAAACUUGAUUCUAGCUAUCCAGGAGGCUUGAUCUCCUACAUCCGGAAUGCUAGAAAACUGCUAGCAGAUUCGAAAGCUGGGAAAAAUCCAUAUUAUGGCUUUACUCCUUCAGUACCAUCAGGGGAGGUUCUGACAUAUGGGAAUGAAACUUUCAUCAAAUUUGAGGAGGCGGGUAUUAAAGAAGCAAGGAAUACAGCAUUUGUUCUAGUCGCAGGAGGACUUGGCGAGCGACUUGGUUACAAGGGAAUUAAGUUAGCUCUUCCUUCAGAAACAACAACUGGGACCUGUUUCUUACAACAUUAUAUAGAAGCAAUAUUGGCUUUGCAAAAUGCCAGCUCUAGGAUGGCAGAAGGCAAAUGCCAAUCUCAGAUUCCCUUAGCCAUUAUGACCUCAGAUGACACACAUGCACAAACUUUGAAGCUUUUAGAAUCAAAUGCUUAUUUUGGGAUGCAGCAAACUCAAGUGAAACUUCUUAAGCAGGAAAAGGUAGCAUGCUUAGGAGAUAAUGAUGCUAGACUUGCCUUAGACCCUUCUGAUAAAUAUAAAAUCCAGACAAAGCCACAUGGCCAUGGUGAUGUGCAUGCACUACUUUAUUCUAGUGGUGUGCUGACCUCAUGGCAUAGUGCAGGUGUAAAAUGGGUUUUGUUCUUCCAAGAUACAAAUGGGUUACUCUUUAAGGCAAUCCCAGCUUCAUUGGGAGUUAGUUCCAUUAAAGGCUAUCAUGUAAAUUCACUUGCUGUGCUUCGCAAAGCGAAAGAAGCAAUUGGAGGAAUUACCAAGCUUACUCAUAAAGAUGGGAGAUCAAUGGUGAUUAAUGUGGAGUACAAUCAACUUGAUCCUUUACUUCGUGCUACUGGACAUGCUGAUGGAGAUGUGAAUGACGAAACAGGAUUUUCUCCAUACCCAGGAAAUAUAAACCAGUUGAUACUUCAGCUUGAACCAUACAUUGAAGAACUCAAAAAGACAAAUGGUGCAAUCGAAGAGUUUGUUAAUCCCAAAUACAAAGAUUCUAGCAAGACAGCAUUUAAAUCAUCUACACGAUUGGAGUGUAUGAUGCAGGAUUAUCCAAAGUCGCUAGAUCCAUCAGCUAGGGUUGGAUUUACUGUGAUGGAUACUUGGCUUGCAUAUGCACCUGUGAAAAACAAUCCUGAAGAUGCUGCUAAGGUGCCAAAGGGAAAUCCUUACCACAGUGCCACAUCGGGAGAAAUGGCUAUCUACAGAGCAAACAGUCUUAUCCUUAGAAAGUCGGGUGCCGAGAUUGCAGAUCCUAAGGUGGAGACAUUCAAUGGACAAGAGGUGGAAGUGUGGCCUCGUAUUGUUUGGAACCCUCAUUGGGCAUUAACAUCCUCAGAUGUAAAGAGAAAACUCAGUGGAAGUUGUCAGGUUUCUCAACAAUCUACUCUGGUCAUCAAAGGCUCUGACGUCCUUGUUGAGAAGCUAUCUCUGGAUGGGACACUUGUAGUUAAGGCUACUGAAGGUGCAGAGGUGAAAAUUUGUGCGAGUGUGAAAAACCAAGGUUGGCACCUCAAACCUGUUGAUUACAAAGACGAUUCGGUGGCUGAGGAAAUAAGAACAAGAGGUUUCAGGAUCGAGAAGAUCAAUCAGAUAGAACUUACCUAUGACAAACCUGGGAAAUUCACCUUCACAUCAUGAUAAUUGUUGUUUGCUAUAUCUGACAGUUAUCAUAUUUGAUUUGUUUGCAUUAGUCUGGGGUUUUGAUAAGAAACAAUAAGUACCAUAGUGAACUGUAGCGAAGUUUAGAAUAAUUUCCAAUUCAUUGACUGAUUUUGGGAAUCAUUUCCUUGUUUUUUAGAAAUAAAUGUUUCCUUAUUAUCAAUCCAUGUGUAAUGGGAAAGCUCUCCAUUUUAGAGCAUGUCAAUAAUAGUAGUUUGGCAGAAACCAGGUGUUUCGUUGA